AGGAGGCCCGAGAUCCGUUGAGCGACCCCCGCGGGCCUAAAGCGGCGAGGGGUCCGAGGGGAGCGAACGACUUUUUAAUUGGAAGAAAGGACGAGGUUUCUGCAUUCAUGGAGAAAAACCUUACCUUAAUGACGAAGGGGAUCAGAGAGUUGAGGAAGACGAGUUCUCCACAACAGCCCCUUGUGUGGAAUCAUCCAGACAGCGACAAAAUUCAUCCCAGCAAAGCAUUUCAUGCCGUCAAGCGUUAUUAUGAGAAACAGGGCAAGGAGCAAAGGAAGAUCUCCAAUACAGUCAAUGAUUUUUCUGACUCCUCGUUGCUGCAGAAAUGCUUCUUGAAACGGCCCGGAUGUCCUCAGUAUUGCAACCAGGCGACGUCAGCAGUCCCUCUCGAAAGCAGCACUUCAAAAUCUGGGGAUCUCCCUGUCAACAUCAGCACCAUGAGCCUCACUUCCCAGAUCUCCCUCGACAACUGGAAUUCCCUGGUCCAAAAUCCCGAAAUUUGGGACUCGAGGAGCCGCAUCAGAUUUUAUCCCUCUUUCUCCUCGGAAGUGGUCUUGCCCAAGUGGAAGAGCUUCACAGAAGGCAUCGUCCCCCACAGCCAGCUCAAAGCCCGCUCCAUCAACCGGAUGCCCUGGUACAUCCCCGUGCUUCAUGACAAGGAUCUGAGCCUCAAUAAGAUGGGAGAGGAAGUUGCCCGCUUGGCUCCUUUUGAAGCCGAGUGUAUCCGGAAGGAGGCCGUGAUCACCGUUCUGCGGGAAGAGGUCCAGGCCAUGCAGAAACAGUUGGAGCAGCUCCAGAAAUGGCAGGCCACUGUUUUAGAGGGAAUUUCAGAGGAGAAGCGUGCCAAAGUGGACGCUUGGUCCGAAUGGGAACUCAACCAGCCGUCUACGUGUGGCACCUGGCCCUCCCUUGGGCUGGAGCAGAAGAGCAUCCCCUCGGUCUACGUGGACCAGGUCGACCGGUCGGAAGGCUCCAGCCAGGAGUUUGAGCGCCUGAAAGAGCUGCUGAGCCAGUCGGAGGAGACGUUGGAUUCGAAAGCGCUGUUUGUGAAGAAGGAGCUCUUAAAAGACCAGGUGGAACUUGAGCACUUAGAGAAGGAGAGCCUGGUGGAAAUAGACGAUGAGAUGCUCUCCAGCAGCGGAUCCAAAGGGCGGGAAGGCGAUUCGAGCGAUCUGGACGAAUCGGAGAACACGCUGAUCCUCUACAAGCUGCUGGAGUUCCAGAAAGUGAACGAGAUCCUCUACGAAGAGCUGAAGAAAGCGCGGAACGAGUACGAGCUGGCCACAGGCGCGAUUUCAUCCCUGCAAAGAGAGCUGUCUUUCGAGGAAUCCCAACUGCGCAAAGCCGAGGUGGAAAAAGAAGCUUUGCAGAAGGAACUCGGGGAACGAGGCAAACAGCUGGAGGCCAUGUCGAAUAAGUUUUCCAACUUGCGGGAAGAGAGGAAAAACGAAGAAAUGAUGGGCACCAUCGAGAGAGAGAAUUGCAAACUUCGACAGGAAGUGACCAAGCUGGAAGUCCAGCUGGCAGACAGAGACCAGGCCAUGCACACGUUACAAACCAACGUCCAGCAGCUUCAGUCCGAGUUACUGGUGAACAAGCACCAUACCGGUCAGCAACUGACCAGCCAGGAUGAACUCCAGAAGCAGCUGGACAUUUUGCAACGGGCGGAGCAGCAGACAAGAGUCACCCUGGAGAGCGUCAGCGCCCGGUUCGAAAGGUUCCGCAGCAAAAUCAUCCAAGCCGCUUACAGCACACCCGGCACCAAGUCCCCACAGGCGGAAAUCACCGAUGAGGAGGUUUUGGAGGCCUUGCAGAAAAUCAUCACUGACCGCCUCGAUUUCCAUCAAAUGCUGAAGCAGAAAGGCGUGAAGGUCCCGUCGCUCAGCUCCGAGCCUGCCCCACCACCGACUCAUAAGAAAAAAGGCGGAGGGAAAUAACCAGCCCCCCCUUUAGGAAAAAAACAACAACCUUCCCCCCACCCAAAAAAGAAAACUCUUGAAUUUCUUAUUCUGCUC